AUGCGCGCGAGCAAAAGCGUCGAUGACGUCGAGGCUGCGAACCUGCUGCCCAAGGCGUCGCCCGAGAGCGCAAGUGAGAGCAAUACACGAGACAGCGUACAGUCGCCGCUCGGAGCGCUUCUCUCAAUGGCGGUCCAGCUCUCGGUCAACCAAAUGGUUCGGCGCGUGCUGCUCGUGACCGACACGGCGUUUCUCGGUCACCUCGGCACCAAAGAGCUCGCAGGCGCCGCGCUCGCCAACCUUUGGAUCAACGUCCCGUUCAACUUUGUGCAAUAUGCGAUCCCCGCUAUCACGAUCCUCGGGUCGCACGCUUACGGUGCCGGCCACCACAAGGAGAUUGGCGUCUGGCUGCAAACGUCCAUCGUGUUUGCACUGGCCGCGUGUCUUCCUGUCGGGCUAGUGCACCUUUUUGUGGGCGACCUCGUCGGCCUUUCCAUGCGAGACGACGAGACCAUCGCGUUCGGCCAGCUCUACGGAGACGUGCUCGCAACCGGUCUCAUUCCACGGUACCUGUACGCCUGCCUCACAGCGUAUUUUGCAACAAUCAACGUCGUGCAGUCGGCGACGAGCACGAGCAUCGUCGCCAUGGCGCUCAAUGUCGUUCUCAACCAAGUGUUUAUCUAUGGCAUCCAAGGCACGUGGGCGGGCGUCGGGUUUCUUGGCUCGCCGCUCGCGACCGUCGUAAGCUCGUGCAUACAACUGCUUCUCUUCGUUGUCUACACGAUGGGGUGGCGGCGCUACCACUUGCCGUACUGGGGUGGCUGGACCCGUGUCGCCGUCGAUCGGGAGCAUUGGAAAAAGUUUCUGGCGCUGGCGCUGCCUUUGGGUGCCUCGUCCGCCGUCGACUGGGCGAGCUUGACCGUCGCCGGCAUGGUGCUCGGAACGCUGGAUCCGGCGUAUUCUGCCGCGAAUGCCGUCCUCUUCGGCCUCUUUGGUGUCGUGUACGCAUGUGUGAGCGGCUUCUCGGCUGCGACCCAAAUCUUCAUGGCCCGCAGCAUCGGCGUCGGGAGCAUGCCCGAAGCAAAAGCGUUCCUUCUGCUUGGGAUCUACCUCAUGGCCGUGAUGGUGACGCUGCUUUUGAGUGUCUUGGUAGCAGUGCAUACCGCGGUCUUUCGUCUCUGGACGUCCGACCACGCCGUGCUUGACCUCUGCCAAGGCGCCUUGCUGCCGUUUGCGAUCUGCAUCAGCCUUAUCUUCUUCCGCUUUCUACUGAGCUCGAGCGCCAACGCUGUCGAGCUCUCUCGGUACGCGCUGCUCGUGAACAAUGCCGGCGCGUGGCUGCUCUUUAUUCCGCUCACCUACCUCUGCGUGGUGGAGUGGCACUACGCACUGCGUGGGUACUGGGCAGCCAAUGCGGUCGGAGAGUUUGUCAAAAUCGGACUGCUGGUGUCGCGCCUUGCAAAACUCGACUGGACCGUUCAAACGCGAACGGUUGUGCCCGCGAGCCAAAUUGAAGUCGUGAGGUAA